UUUAGUUAUUUUGAAUUUAGAAGUAUUUAUUUACAUGUGUAAAAUCAAAUUUUAACCUUUUAUUCAUAUUUUUAAAAUAAAACAUUGAUGGACGAACUACGAGGUCCAACAAUCCAAAUAGUUCUAAACGUCAGAGAAGGACUUGGUUUCGGAUUCCUUAAGUGCCCAUUUAUAGUAUGUGGUUCUUUAAAUGGUUACAUGCUAGAGACGGAUCCAGUUGUACCAUCUCAUGCACCAGUGUUUGACGCAGAACUUGUUUGGGAAGCAGAUAAAAGGCGAUUUAGGAGCCUACGGGUUCAAAAUGUACCAGUUAAAAUAGAAGUGUACACAACCAGUACACAAGGCAGAAAGGAUAAAAUUGGCUACUUAUUGUUAAGUCUACUUGGAGCACAACCCUGUCCUAAUAAUAAAGUUGUUGAUAUAAAACACACAUGGCACAAAUUAUUAGGUGUGAAAUCGGAAGGCAAAUGUUGUCAUCCACAGCUUCUCAUGAGCGUCUCAGUGGAAGACAGAAUAAGCACACCAACACCUCGUAAUGAACUACGUAUGUUCCAUAGCAAUGAAGUUGCCUUUCCGACAGUACGCUCCCACAAAAAUGUCACAAAACCCGAAAAUCAUACUAUGUUAUUAUCAUUGAAUGAUUACAUAGCUGAAAGUAAGAAAACAGUUUCAUGUCCAGAACUCCGACCGAAACUUAUAUGUGAUGAAGGUCUUAUACAAAUAGGUAGUGACAACCAUUUGUUUGUGCUGGAGUUGCUGAUAGGCACAGUGGAGAAUUUAGAUUUAUUGAUAUCUCCUGAUUCAAAGCAUGAAGAUUUAAGUUGCUAUGUGACAUAUUCAGUUUUUACACACACUAUUACAACUGACAGAGUGGCCGUGUCGGGCACGCGUGCGCAGCUGAACCAGCGCUCGUCGCUGCGCGUGCGCAGCUCGCUGGGCUGCCUCUCGCGCUACUUCGGCCGCUGCCCGCAGCUCGUGGCCACGCUGCGCGCCGACGGGGACGUGGGUGUAUGCAGCAUGGAUCUACGUAAACUGGUUCCGACGGAUGAUAUCGAUCAGUUCCUGAACAACUUCUGCAACGAUGACAACUCGCUAACCGUACACGAAAGGUGUUUUAUGCUGAGAUGCGACGGCGGAGAAAAUAAAGAUAGCAGGAAACCUUAUAUGGAUGUGGAAAUGAGUUUGAAGUACCUUGGAGUUAAGAACGAUAUGCAAAAACCAUCGCUUUUAUCGGCCCGAAGUGCUACUCGACUAGAAAGCGAAAGAGGGAACGGUGAUUUGGAGAAAGGAAAUAUUCUUGAAGUCAAGUGUGGUAGUUGCACUGAUCUGAAUGCUGACGUGGGGGGCGUGGCCUACACUAAUAUUGCACCUGGAAAUACUACUAGGUAUAAAACGGCGUCAGGCGACGCCAUAUUGCAGACCAACGAGCUGGCGGAGCUGAUAAAGAAGAUGUGCGAGUCGCUCGCACGCACGCGGCCUUCGCGCGACGCGCACGUGCAGUGCGCGGGUGUGCACGAGCUGGACGAAAAACCGGUACAGUUGAAAACGACUAAAAGCGAUACAAGUAUAAAAAAUACCGAAAAUGAUGCGAAUGCAAUAAACAGCGCUCUUUCAUCAGCGGAUCGCGACACCGUUAUGAAGAAAUACGUUGAGGAACUCGAGGAUUGGAAGGAGAAACAGCAGGAACUAUUUAAAAUACAGUUGAAACGUAAGGAGGAUUAUCAUCUCGACCUCCUUGCCAACGAGUGGGAGAAGCGACGGAGCGAGCUGGAGUAUAAGUUGAGCAAGGGCAUCGAGCAGUGUCGCAACCUCGCCGCGGACCUCAGCCGAGCCACCGAGGACUUCCGCUUACGGGGGUACAGGAACACGGAGAGAGAGAGGAAGUUGUUAGACGCAAAGAAGGCUUUGGAAGCGCACUACACCUCUAAGUAUCAAGAGUUAAGGGAGGCGUCGCAGAAGAUGGAAGACGAUAUGAAUCACCAGCUUAAAUUGAAGGAUAUGAAUAUUGAAGAGUUACAGCAGAAAGUGCAAUUACUGAAAAAAAAUAAUGAUGUCCUUAAGAACAAUAUGAAAAAUUUCGAGAAAACGGCAGAGAAUAAAUACUCGGGCCUGACGAAAGAUCAAACUGCGAGUCUCAUACAAGAAUUGCGAUGUUUGGAAGAAAAGUUAGACAGUGCAGUUCAGUCCAAGGCCUUCUUUAAGGAGCAGUGGGGCCGAGCGGUCAGGGAGCUGCACCUCAUUAAGCUCAGCACUCGUCGGCAAAUGCUGACCCAGCUGCGCCAGGAGAGGCGGCAGCUAGGGGAAAUGAGCCUGGACCCCAUUGAGGACAAAGAAGAAAAUAAUCAAUGUCACAUCGAUAUAGAUAAAUUAAAAGACAACUAUUACGUUGAAAUACUAGCUAACAGUCCUGCAUUGAACUCGCAUACAAUUUUAAGCCCAGAUCUGGAGUUGUGUGAUUUGAAAAAUUUUACUAAAACCCCAUCAAGCGAUAAACUUGGAGAACUUAUCAUGCAGAGAGAUCAACUGAUAAGACAAGAUAAUCCCGACGAAGAAACAAUCAAGCAGCUUAAUCAUGAAAUAAGAAAUAUGCUUAUUAAUUGUGGUACUUGACCUAAGCUUUAUACAGA